AUGGCAACUGCUCCAGUUACUGAUAAUAAAUCCCCGUUGAUACCCAUCGAAGAAAGUGAUGAAGAAAAAACAGGAAAGAAAUUAACUGUCCUUGAGACCCAUGGUUAUGCCCUUGGAAAAACGAUAGGCGCUGGUUCAUAUGCUACCGUAAAAGUAGCAAAAUCUGAUCGACAUAAUUGCCAAGUAGCAGUAAAAAUUAUUUCAAAGUUUCAAGCACCAGGCGAAUACUUAAGGAAAUUUUUGCCGCGAGAGAUCGAAGUAGUUAAAGGUUUAAAGCAUCCGAAUUUAAUUCGCUUUUUACAAGCCAUUGAAACAACCCAUCGCGUAUACAUUAUUAUGGAGUACGCUCAAAAUGGUAGCUUGCUGGACAUAAUAAGACGAGAUACGUACAUUGAUGAAUUUCGUAGUCGUAGAUGGUUUCGGCAAUUAUUGGAGGCAAUUGAUUAUUGUCACGGACGUGGCAUAGUGCAUAGGGACAUAAAGUGUGAAAAUCUUUUAAUGGAUUGUAAUUUCAAUAUCAAAUUAUCCGAUUUUGGAUUUGCACGAGGACAGAUGAUAACAAAAAAUGGUAUAUCUCCACUGAGUGAAACUUUUUGCGGAAGUUAUGCUUACGCGUCACCUGAAAUAUUAAAGGGAAUCCCAUACUUACCUCAAUUAUCUGAUGUAUGGUCCAUGGGUGUAGUACUAUAUGUGAUGGUUUAUGGUCGGCUACCAUUUGACGACACAAAUUACAGUCAACUUCUAAAGCAAGUACAAAGUAGACUUGCAUUUCCAAAAGAACCAGUGGUGUCUCAAGCUUGUCGUUCCCUUAUCUCUCGAAUACUUGUACCACAACGAACACGAUUACGUAUUGGUAAUAUAAGAAAUGAUACAUGGCUUGCUGCGUCUCUUGUUACAGCUCAAACUUCUACUAGUGAUACUUCAAUGGUAAAUGGAACAAUAGUAACCAGAAAGAAUAAAGGAAUAAGUAAACGUGCAGCCGAUACCGAAGCUCAAAUAAUCGACAAUCUGCCGUCCGAUUUAAGUAACACAAAGCAAAACGAUUGUUUGUACUUGAAAUAG